AUGAACUUUGUCGGCGAGGCACUAAACAAGGAGGUUCAAAAGAUCAACCAAACGAGGUUGAAAGAGUACCAGAUCAAGUUGCGUGCUCACGCCGAGCGUGUCACAGGAAGUGACAACUUAACCGAUCUUCCCGCUGCCACAUCACCCGAACCGGUUCUUGAACAUAUUGAAGAAUUUCGUACAAGCUCCAGAGAUAGCAGAGGGCUUCAAAACGACAUUACUGGACGUCUCCUCUGUCCUGUGGAAUUCGACUGGAAGGAUCCAAUUGUUCGUGCAGCUGUCCGCGCCUUCGAUCCAAAGUACGAUUUUGCCAGCUCUGCCCGUGCUCGCUGCUUCUACAAGGACGAGGAGUUCGACCCAGACGAUCUAGACAAGGGUUUUUUGCAGAGCUAUCUGCUCGUUCAGGUCUAUCGCCUGAUGUUUACGUCGCCCUCAUCAACUAAAGAUCAGCCGGAAGAUGUCGAAAAUCUUCCAGCCUCAAAGAAAAAGAAAACCACUGCCACCAAUUGUCGCGGGAACGUCGCACAAAUCAUUCACAUGAACGAUGUCAAACCUCGUUCAAUUGCCUAUGCUGCUAUCCAUGUCCGUACUACCUUCAAGUUCUUGUACAAAUUCUUGAUGUUCACACCUAUUGCUAGCUUCAUUUCGCACUCAACGACGCUCCUCACUGGGCUGAGUCUCAUAUGGGUUACAAUUAUCUUGACCUUUGGAAUUUCAUUGUCGACUUCUUCGAGGAUCCAGAGGAUGAAGAGGAGAAGCAACCGAAGGAGCUUUUGA